AUGAAUUUCAAUACCGCAGAUAUUCUGGAAGAAAUUUCUUCCACGACCCAAAAGCUCGCGAAAGGCUAUGAAACACUGAAGCAAAUUGAUAAUGUAGAUGUUGCUGUUACCCCCAAAGAACUUGUAUGGCAACGGGAUAAGGUAAAAAUUUACCACUAUAAGCGCGAAACUCCUGCUACCUGUAAAGUGCCUGUCCUGGUAUCUUUUGCUAUGCUGAACCGCCAUGAUGUGCUGGACCUGCAACAGGAUCGCAGCCUGAUGAAAAAGCUAUUGGACGAGGGCCUGGAUAUUUAUAUUAUGGACUGGGGCUACCCUACCAAGGGCGACCGCUACCUGACCAUGGAAGAUUAUAUUGACGGUUAUAUGAACGAUGCCGUUGAUUUUGUGCGUAAAAGCAAUAAUGUAAAAAAGAUCCACAAAAUGGGUAUCUGCCAGGCCGGUACCUAUUCCAUGAUCUACGCCUCCCUGUAUCCGCAAAAACUGGCCAGCCUUACUACUUAUGUGGCUCCCUUUGACUUUGAUACCGAUAAAUGCAUGCUGUUUAAAUGGGCCAAGCAUAUUGAUAUCGAUGCAAUGGUAGAUAACCUCGGUGUCAUACCCGGCGAAAUGAUCGAUGGUGCUUUUGGCAUGCUUAAUCCAAGCAUGAACAUCACCAAAUACAUCAGCGUAAUGGACUCAUUGGAAGACAAGGACAAGAUGCUGAACUUCCUGCGCAUGGAACAUUGGAAAAGCGACCUUCCGGCCAUGUCCGGCGAGAUGUACCGCAAGUAUAUUAAAGACCUCUUCCGCGACAAUAAGCUGAUUAAAGGUGAAAUGACAUUGGGCGGCCGCAAAGUGGAUCUGAAGAAUAUGACUGUACCUUACCUGAAUGUUUACGCUACGGAUGAUAAGAUUAUCCCGAACGAAAGCAGCAAAGCGGUUAUGGAAAAGAUAGGCUCCACAGAAAAAAAGGAAUAUCCUUUCCCGGGUGGUCAUAUUGGUGUUUUUGUGGGUAGCCGUUCUCAGAAAGAGCUGGCACCUGCAGUUGCCAAAUGGGUAUCAGAAAGAAAAUAA